AUUGUCAUCGACGCCAGAUAACGUGUAUGUGUUUUCCUUUGUUUUCUUAUUCUCUGUUUUGCCGUUGCGUACAAGAAGAAAAAGAAGGAAUCCUUUGUUUUCUGCUCCCCCGAGGAUUUCCGGGAGAGAAAUCUGAUCAUAUUUUCCUCCGCGAAAACCAAGAAGAUAUAAAGGGUCAAGGCUGAUUAACCACGAUUUCCAUCAACAAGUAAUAUAUUUGAUCAAGAAGGCAGAGUCAUGUGUGACUGCUGUGGUGAAGGCGGUGAAUGUCACCCUCUCGGCUUUCUCCUGGGCCUUCCCUUCGCAUUGAUUUCUUGCCUCCUCUCAAUCGUCGGCGUUGUCAUCUGGAUUGUCGGAAUAUGCAUAAGUUGCAUAUGUCCAUGCUGCAUCUGUGUAACUGUGGUGAUAGAGCUGGCGCUUGGGCUGAUCAAAGCUCCAUUCUCCAUCAUGAAGUGGUUCACGAAGCAAAUCCCUUGUUAGAGGCUUGAAUCUCCUCAACCUGGCCCUGAUUUUUAGUAGGUUUUGAAAGUUGAAACUCAUCUAAGAUUCUGUCUUUCUUGGUUUCAGUGUACGAUAACUUUAUUGAUUUUUCGACUUCUUGAUUGAAUUCUUUAAACUCAGAUCAACUGGACACAGACAUCAGUUAGAUGCUCAUGAAUUUCUUGAACCUCAUCCUUUAGUUUUACCCCAUUUUCUUUUUAUGAUUCUUUGUCAAUUAUCAAUGUACAAUUUUUUUCUUUUACUAUAAUUUGUGGUGUAUAAAAAUU